AUGAAGCGUUUUCAGACUUCUAAAUACCGAAAUGCUGCUCCUAAGAUUCCCAAGAAAGAGGUAAACGUUAAGGAUUUUGUGAUUUUCCCAUUUAAAACAACAAUCUUCCCGUUGUACAUCAGCUGGCCGAAGUUUCUUGUCUCAGCUGAUUUUGUUGUUAGGUUAGUCUUUUCCGGGUUGCUUUGUAAGGAAAAAACAGAUUACCCAGCGAUAACUUAAAUAAUAAAUUACGCUUAAUUAUUGUAUAAUAGUUUUAGAGUUGUCAAUGUUGAGAAGUCGAUGACCCCAUGUCAAGCAUAGCUAGGCUUCUGAAUGUUGGUGUCAUUAACGUCAGCUCCCUUGGAACGAAUUUGAAAGUGAGAGGACAAAACGGUUAGAAUCACUGAUGGUCUACUCAACUGUAAAGUUGAGAGGCCUGUUCUUGUGAGGGGGUCUGUGGGUAUCCUUUCCCAGAAAGUCAAGGCCUCAAUUAUAUUUUCCCCCCCUGCAAAAGAAGAGCACUGGCCCACCCGGCCCCCCCACUAGUUCUACGGCCAUGACCAUAAAAUGAAUGAAAGGUUGCUAUAGUCUUUCUUGGAUCUGAAACACCAUCAUGUAUUCUACUGUUUGUAAGUACUGUAUUUUUGGUUCAGAUCAGAACUUUUUUUGUUGAACUUGUAUUUCAUGUUUCAAAUGUCCUAAAUUUAUACCUCUUAUAAUGGUGGGUGGAACAGGUGGUUUUAAAAGGUCAUUUUCACAAUAGUACAAUUGCACGAUGACGUCAUGUUACUACAACUACCAGAAUCCUUGAGUUUGUUGUUUUCUUAUGCAAAUUAAGGCUAUUGUUCUUUAAUCCUCAGCGGGAUUGACAAAUUUAAAUAACAAAGCAAAACCGAAAUGAAUUCUGGUAGUUGUAGUCAAAUGUCGUCAUCGUGCAAUUGUCCUAUUAACACCUCUUGAUUCCCUCCCCGAUUGCAACUGAGAACAAUUGGAAAGCUCUUAUUGAAUAUAAUAGAAAGGUUUCUCGGGAACGUCCUCUUGACUGAGAGACUUAUUAAAAUGUCUUGUAAACCCAGAAAUAUUUUGGCAAAUUUAUAAUAACGAAUGAUGAUUGAUAGCAUUUAUAUGGAGGUAACGCGAUUGACUCCAGUACAGCAGCAGCAACAUUUGAAACCAAGUUGUACCACUGCCAUGUAUAGCACAGCAAGCUUUGUUCUGCUAAAUGACUUCAGGGCUUUCAUAUAGGGCAAGUUAGUUGGGCUUUUAUGAGAGAGGUGCAUCUAAUAUAAAAAGAAAAGUGAAGAGGGUGGCAUAUAUUAGACAAGAGGUGCUUAUUUGAGAGAGGGAAUCCAUUAGAUCAUUUACCAUAGGUGGAGAAAAUGGCCUCCAUGAGAAGAAAUAAAAACUUGUGACAUUUUAGCUAUGCUGAUCAUUUUCUUUUUCUUCUUACGUUAAUGUUAUAUUAAGCAUUUGAUCAUAUAUUUAAAUGCUAUUUUGCGCCUUAUAAAUAAUAAAUUAUUAUUAUUAAGCACUCAUUUUGCAUUUUGCGCUUAUAUGCUGGUACUUAUAGAAAAAUGAAUUUAUGGGUAUCGACAUUAUUUUAGGAAUGUGUUACUGGUAUCCAUGUUGGGGCCUUGAAGAGUUCUUAUGGAAAUCACAUCAAAGCAAGUGACAGAUUCAUGGUAUUUAAUGUGGACACCGGAGGUAAGCUGCAUGUGUGCAACAACAGCAACAACAACAAUUUUUAUUCUUGCCAGGGUGCAAAGAAAGUCAGUUUUACACCCUGCCAUGCGGGCAAGCUGUAGAUAGCAUGUAGUAGCCCACAAGUCAUUUCAAUUGGCCCAAAAAACCCUUUUGAUUGGCAGGAUUGAUAACAAUCCUUCUGUAAUUUGAAUUUCCCCAAAAAACAGCACUUGCCCAUCGGGCAAGUUAAGAACAAAAAACACUAGCCCGACAGCAAAAUCCACUAGCCCCGGGCUAUUGGACACGACUUUCUUUGCACACUGUUUGCAUGCAGUAGCAGUUAAAAAGCUUGCCCGGCAAAUAGCUUCAAAGCUAGUUGUGGUGGGGCAAGACAAGUACAUGAAUAACAUAUCUACUAAAAAUAAAAAACACUGCACUUAACAAAGCCUUGCACAGUUGAAAUAAAGAAUAAAACAAAGAAGUUCAGUGAUCUAAUUAACUACUUAGUUCUUACUGACGUACUUUAUUAAUUAAUAUAACAAUGCACUAAGAUAAAGGAGUCACUCUUAAGGAUGAAUAACACAGAAAAGGAAAGUUUAAAAUUUAACAAGUAUAUCUAUCUACAAAGACUGACUUUUUAAAUGAUUGCAGGGAUUGGAAUAUAGUGAUCUUCUUUUUCUAAGAUAUCAAAUUGCAAUUUACGAAGAACUUUCUUGAAUGUUUUUUUAGGCAGAUCUGUUAUGUAGGGUGGUAUCUCAUUCCACACGUUAGCUCCGGGCCUGGAGAAAGAAUUAUUUUGUAUUUCUAGUCUAGCGCUUUUGACGUAAAACUUUCUGGAUGUGGUUGGUCAUGCAUUGUAUGAGUGAACUUGAGAUGUUUUCUGUAAUAAAUUUAAUGUUUUUGCUGGGGCUUUAUCAUGAUUGAUAUUGUGCAUUGAAAUAAUAUUGAUACAGACUCAUGAUAAAGAAAAGUUAUUGGUAGUAGGUUAGCUUCAAGAAAUAAUGGAACUCUAUGGUCAUGCCAGUCUGUGAAGUACAACAAACAAAGUGCUCUUUUCUAAAGAAUUAAGUUUUUUUAAGAUAUAAGUCUUGCAUGCCUGACCCCAGGCAGUAAGACCAUAAGUUAAAUAGAUGUUCAGUAGUAUUGGUCGAGGUAGAAAGUGGCGUAGCUUUGCAAUGAGCCCAACAUUUUAAAUAAUUUUUGUAACAAUAGAAUCAAUGUGCUUGUUAGUGAGGAGACUGGUACAGUGCUGGAUACUACAGUACAACUGGCAAAAAUGACAAUCAUUGCUGCUCUACUUUAUCAUCCACAAAACAUUUUAGUGUUAUAGGUCAAAAUGAAAUAAAUCCAGUUUGAAAUGGUUUCAAGUUUGGUUGAUUCUCAAUUUCUUUUAGGGCUAAGAGACAGAAAACUGAGUAUCAAAGUAGAGUUGAACCAUUUUAAUGUGAAUUUCAUUUUGACCUACAACAUAUACGUGGUGAAAUGAAACUAUUUUACAACAAUCUUUCUGAUUUUAUUAUCUUUUUUUUCUAAAGGAGGAAGUCUUGGUGUUCUUCCACUUGGAGAAAAGGGCAGGAAGGAUCAUUCACUUCCAUUGCUUCAUGCACAUUCAGGUAUCUACCACUUUUCCUCUUUGCUUAGUAAGUUACUUUCUGUUUUUUGUGGGUGACAAGAGGAGACAAAAAUUCUACUCUCCAGGUUGCUGUCAAACAUGAUUGGCAUGUAUGUAGCCAGCAUAUGUUUGGACUUCCGCUAAAAAUGAAGGGAAUACAAUCAACUCCCUUGAUUGCGGGGACUGUUGGGACAUCAAGUUUGUGUCCCCUAUUAGUGAGAGUCUGUAAUAGGGAAAGUUUAUUUUCGUCAUAUGUUUGUAAUUUGUUUUUGCUGUAAAUUUAGCUGCUGUCCUCAUUAUCGGGGUGUCUGCAAGGCAAGAGUUGGCUGUACAUAGAAUGCAAUCUGAUCACACCAGUGGGACAUUCUACCACUCACAAUCUUCAGUGCUGGAACAAGAGCAUUCUGACCUUCAAUCAGAAGCCUGAAACUUGCACACACUCCCCAACCUUUGAUUAUUCUCUAGUUACAUUGUUGUACUAUCAUUGUUUUUAUGUAGAUUUUAUUACUGACAUGGACUUCUCGCCCUUUGAUGGAUCCCUCCUUUGCACUUGUUCUUAUGAUCGAGCAGUGAGUAUAAAGAUUUGAAUAAAUAACUGGGAGAGUGUUGAAAGUGACAUCAUCAUUAUGUUUGUUGUGUAAUAAUAUUGUGAAAGUUACACCAGUCAAGAAGACAUCUACAGUAUGUGAAUGACACCAGUCUAGGUGUAAAGAGAAUUUCACUAUUAAUCAGGAACAUCUGGCCAGAUCAGUUUAUAUUGUUCCCAAUGAGUAUUUAUGACAGUGAUGGGUUGUUAGCAAAAAUUCCCAAGAAAAGCCUAUUCCUUUUUAUAGUGACCCAUCCAGUAGCCUGCACCACAAACGGAGUUGAAGUCCAUCUGUGAAACAGUGCCAAAAUUCCUGUUCUGGGCCCCCACCUGUGUAACAGGAUUUGAGUAUGUACCAUGACUGGCAUGUUGAUAAAGCCAUUGUUGAUUUGCCCAUCUGGCGCGGGUUGUUUGAAGCUGGGUUAAGAUAACCCAGAGUUAGUGCGAAAUUUGAACUCAGAUAUGAGAGCUUAAAAAGCAAAUUCAGUUUAAUUCUCUUUGCCUACAAUUUGAUGAUUGUAUACUCUAAAAAGAAUAGAGAAAAUUAUCUGAGAGAGUGCUUUUGACAAAAAGAUAAAGCAUUCCAGGUUAAAUUUUAACCCCUGGUUAGCGCUAACCGGCAUUCAAACAACUUGGCCCAGGUUGAAAAGGAAUUCAAAAAGCAUUUCCAGUAAUUCAUUUAAGCCAUUGAGGGUCCAGAGCAAGGACAUCAGCACAGCUUCGCAGAUGUUACUCAGGGGAGUUAAAUUACGUCAGCUGUACUGUGAUGGUCUGUCCAGCUGGCCAGUUCUGACUUUUGGCAAGUGCUUUUGAUACAGAGGUACAGAUCUGCCAUUACACUCCAAAGCAGGGCUGAAAGGUAGAACGUGGGUCACACAAACUCGGAGGCAACUCAAAAAUUUGUUUUUGAAUAGUACCCGCACUUCUCAAAAGAGUCCUGUUAGGGGAAAUUCCAACAAUUAAUAUCAUGGCAUUAAAACAAGGACACAGGACAAAUGAAAUGGCAACAAAGACGUAAAGGUGAAUUCGAACAGCAGAAGUGACAAAGACGUGAAAAUACCAACAUGGCCAAGGCUUCCUGCUCUAUUCGGGAAUUAAAGGGUUUAAAAUUCAGACUAUCACGGACAAAUGCCCCACUUUGUCCCCCUAAAGUGGUCCAAGUUAGAUGAGUGUUCUCUUUAGUGAUAUCUAAGUGGGUUUUCACUUUCCAGAUAAAAUUAUGGGAAAUCCCAGAUGAAGAAGUUAAGGGGUUGUCCACAGCUCUUUGUGAACUCCCUGCGCAGCAUGUGAGUAUAGAACCAAAUUGCUCAUUGUGAUGUUUUUACCUUUGCUUUGUUUGACAUGUAACUAAGAUGUUUCUUUUUUUUUACAUUUUUUGUUAAGGGUCGUGUUGAAAAUGUCCUCUUCCAUCCUUCAGCAAGUGAGGUGAGCUUAAUCUAGUACAUGUAAAUAUGAUUAAUGGAGUUUAUAACAGUUUUCCAUCCUGUUUGUUAGUUAAGGAAAGUCAACAGCUAAUAAUGUGGCAUCUCUCUCUCACUCUUCUUUCAUCAUAAGUAUUGUCUUUUAUUACAGGUACUUGGUAGUUCAUGUGAUAAAACUCUUACAAUCUGGGAUUUACAGAAGCAACAGCUAAAAUAUGGUGAGUAUUAUCAUAAACUACAUAAAGUCAUUGCAUAACUUAUAUCAAUGUUAUUGUGAUAAUUGUUACCAUUUCCACAAACAUUUAUCAACUGAAAAAGGCAGUUUUGUAGAUAAAAUAUAAGUUAAAGCAUGAUAAUGAUGCCACUGACUGUUCGCACAGUCUUGGAAAGGCCUUGAAUUUCAGACGAAGUCCUCAAAAUGUCCUGCAAUUCUGAUCAAUAUAAUCUUUAAGAAGUACUUAAAUUUCUCCAAUCAUCCUUGAAUUUUCACCAGACUUGGAGAUAGCAAAAUAAAGUUGAUAUUUUAAGUACAAGUUUGGGUAUUCCUGUUUUCGAAAUGUGUUUAGUAUUAGCCUUGCCCAUUUCACUUGGAUUCCUGUCACACAGUGUAGUGUUUAGUGUUUUUGGCAGCCCUUUUUCCUGUGAAUUUUGCCUGGAAAGUGUGCCUUUAAUUUAAAACAAGGAAGAGCCUUUGAAAAACAGAAGUGGUUUCCAGAAAAUCCUUGAAAAUUUUUUAGAAAUAGAUCUUAAGUUUGUAAGCGAAUCCUGGUAAAAAUUUACCAAUUAGCAGUGAAUAAUUUUAGUUCAAAGUAAAGUUUUCAUAUGAUUAAGAUGCUUUAACAUUAAAGCCUUGUUAAAUUUGUUGUACAUUACAGAAUUGAAAGACCACAAGGAUUUGAUUCAGAGUUUUUGUUGGAAAGUAAAUGGUUCGUUAUUAGUUACAUCAAGUAAGGUACGUGACUUUCUUCUGUGUUGUAUGAAAAUAAUCUUUCCUGAAGCUUUAUGAUACAAGCAGUAGAAGUUAAAACAGGUGUUAAUUGAACAAGUAACAGUUGACUAUACCAAGGCCUUUAUUUUUCUUGAAGUGGACAGGAAAAAACGUUGUAGCAGCAUAUAUUGUCUUAGAAUAAAAUUCAACCGUAAGCUGAUUUAUUUUUUCUUUUUUUCUUUUACAUUUGCCACAUAGAAUAAAUAUUACAGAAAGAAAAAGAAAAAUAUAUAUAUUACUAAGAUUGCAAAUUUACAGGGCAGGAAAAGCUACAAAAAUAGUUCAAAAUUAAAUGUAAUACUAAGUACCGGUAACUUGACUUUUUUAAUAGAUAGAGUGGCGAAGAAGCCCAAUAAAAACUAAAUAGCUUGAAGAAAUUGGGUUCCUCAUACCUAAUUAUGAUUUAAUGUAAGCUGCCAUAUCAUGGUCAGGCGAGUUUAAUUUAUAGCUCUCUCGAUAAAUGAUGAUAAAUAUGUGAAUUUCAUGUAUCUGGGAACCGAGGAAUGAAAAAAUAAGAUGAAAUGAAGGUCAUUGCAGUUGAAGAAUGCAACUUAUGCAGUUAUGGAAAGAAAGCCUGAAAAAUUUAGGCUUGCAGUCCUCUAAGUAGUUGAGCUAGCAAUCAAACUGGGAGCUGGUCAUUAAUUUGGUUUGUUAUGUCGUAUACUGUAUGUUCUUCCAUUUUAUUUCAGGACAAGAAAAUUCAUGUGGUAGAUCCUCGAAGCUCUUCUAGUGUUGAGGUAAGUGCAUAGUUUAUCUUAAUAACUCUAUUUAAUAAAGAUUAUAAGUGUGGAAAUAAAUAUCUUAUUAUUUUGUGCAUAGUGCACAUGUAUGCUUCUACAUGUAUCUAUUUUAUUACAAAGAUGAAAAAAAAAAGAAUAUAGUUUUUACAGCAGAGUUUGUUAACUCCUUGAUCAAAACAUAUCACUUUUCUGUUUCUUGUGAUAGAGGUUAAUACUUUGAUCUGGUUGCUUACAUUUCACUACAAUUGCCAGUGAAGAAUGAAUCAAUGAUUACAUAUUGUAUUGUGCUGUAGGAAUGUGAUGGCUUUGGAGGAAGUAAGGAUACUAGACUGUUGUGGCUAGGAGAUACCGACCGAAUUCUUGGCUCUGGGUUUACUGCGGUAAGAAUAGUUGUACAACUAGCCAAACCUCCCUUAUGUGUUUGAUUCCCUUUUGACUAGGUUUUGGUAUAAGUACUUUCAUGCACUACAGGAAUAAAGAAGAAAACUUCAAUUUGUUGGUAUUCUGUUGAAGCUCACCUUGCCACCUCCCUAAAAAGCAACCAGCCUAUAGUUAUGCCCCUUUCUGUGAAACCCUCUUUCAACUGGGACUUGAGCUCUUUAAUGAGAUGUCAAUGAUCACUCCCUUUAGUGAUCACAGCUAUUUUGUGAAAAAAAAAAUGAUACCUUGACAAAUUGGUGAAAUCAUUUGCUUAAUUAAGGGCUUGAAAAUGGUCCUGCCCAGUAGUUCAGAAAGAAUUGAUUUUCUUGCUGAGCGAGUAACUUUUGAGGCUUACUUGCCCAAGAGGCAAGGAUCAAGGCAACUCAUCCUCUAACAAAAUCAUCAACUAAGACAAGCCAAUAAUACGUUACCCCUGGCUAGGAAAAUGGAAUUCAAUUUUUUUCAAGCCCUGCUUAAUACUUCUUGCCCUGCAUUUUAGCUCUUGUGUAGUGAUUCUCUGCUUUGCAUGCUUCUUAUGUUCUUCAAGAUAGUCAACAAAUGCUUGUGACUUACUUGGUCCUUUCAAAUCCAUCAUUGCUACAGCUUCACUACAAAAUGUUUGGUUAUAUAAGUCCCCACACACAGUAAUGUAUUUUAUCAUGUAUUGUAUGAAUGCCCUCGUAUCCAGAUCAACAUUAUAUUAUGGGAAACUGUAUAUUUGCAGCCCUGCCAAGUGUUUGGUGAAUCUGUGCUGUAGAUAUAAAUAAGUAGGUAAGUAAAUAAUAUAAAUAAUAAAAAUGUUAAAUGUUUUUACAGUCUAACAAGCGUGAAGUUAGAGUUUGGGAUGUACAUAAUAUGAGCAAACCAGUGCAGACACUGAACUUUGAUUCAUCAUCUGGAGGGUAGGUGCAGAAUUUGUAGAAUUGUUUUUUGAUUGACAAUUGUAAGGCUUUAGAGUAUUGGUGGCUUAAACCCUGUGAUGACCAUAAAUGUUCCUCCACAUUUUCUUCUUCCAAUGGGUUGUAUAAUAUGGAUAUGUGCGACAAAUUAAUCAAUGUAAAUCUUUGAUGGAGUGCAUUUGAUUCAUCCAUGUGGGAAGUAGCAAUACUCCAGUCCUAGAUGCAUCAUAUGGUUAAGGACUACAGGCAAGGCUGGAGGGAGCCUGAGAAAACAGCUGACAUUUUGUGAUGCCACCACUGGUUUCCCUACAAAAUGGCAUCUAAGAAACUAGUGCAGAAAUUCCAUACUGAUGACUCGUCACUACCCAGAUCUAGGUAGUGAUGAGUCAUCUGUAUAGAAUUUCUGCACUUGUUUCUCAGACAUCAUUUUGCAAGAAAAUCAGUAUUGGCAUCACAAACUGUUGGCUGUCUUCUCAGGCUAGGAUAAAGGCUUCAAGAUAAAAGUACUGCAUAACGUAAAUGAAAAAUAUUUUUAAAUGAUUAUUAGUCUGUUUCAUGCUAAACGUAACAAUGACAUUGUCAAGAUGUCGGAGGUUAAAAGUAUAUCAUAAUGUCCUAAGAGAUCUAGAACUCUCACAAGUAGAAAUGAAAUGCAUAGCUUGUUAGGCGAUUCCUUUAUUAUUAAGAAAGAUUUUGAUGCUCUUUUAAAGUAAAGCAAUAUUAAAUUAUUAUAGAAUUAAAGCAUUCAAUUUAUAAUGCUUCAAAUUCAAUUUUUGUUUUCCUACUCAAAUAAAUGCAGGAAUUUAAAUAUUUAAUACAGGUGUCAGCUGGUGACCAGAGAAAAAAUUUUGGUCACCAAGUCAAACUUUUUGGUUAUGAGUUUUUGGCUUCAAGGUAUCCUAUGGUAGCCAUAUCAGAGGACAAUGCUAGUUCACUGACAGCGCCCUUUUUUGUCGUUUUCUGUAGAACUCGUAAAAUCCGUGAACAAUAUUAUAGUAACAGUUACCCUUGACUUUAUUCAGAAAUCCUUGAACUUCAGCAUCAGUUUGUUCAUAUUAAUGUUACUCUUGUCAUCUUAUGUUUCCUUUUUUUGUUAAUUCAGCGUCUGUUUUAUGAGGUGUCUCGCCAGUUGGCGACCAGUUCUUAAGAUGUAGUCACCAGCACUCCAAUUUUAGUUGAAUUGGUGACCAGUGAGUCAUAAUUUCGAACCUUGAAAUGCAUUUCCAUAGAAAAAUGAUGUUGUGUGUCGUAUUAGGUAAUUAAUAUAACUUAUCCAUUUUUAAAUGCAGCAUACUGAUGCCAUUUUAUGAUCCAGACACCAAAAUGCUGUUUUUGGCAGGAAAGGUAUAAAACAAUAUUAAGUUAAUUGCUUAAUUCGUUUCCCAUUGCUUGUGAUCCUAUUUUUAUUCAUAGUCCAGUUGACAUAAAUCAGUUUAGUCACUAACUCAAACAAUGUUUAAUUGGUACCCGAGUAAUAAUAAAUUAUACUGUUAAGGUGGCUGGACACAGUUUGAUAGGCUGUGGAUCAUAACCAAUCAUUAUGGUGUCAUUUAAGACUUGUUGCAGGUACAAAGCUCAAAAUAAUUUGGCAUGAACAAAAUGUAUUUAUAAGACAUGACAUUUAUUAGGUUUUAAAGUAAGAUUUUGAUUGUUGCCAUGGCAACAUGGAUGAUUGGAAACAAGCCUUAAAUUUUGAAUUUAAUUUGGUUAAAUGAAAUUUAACUAAGUUAACCACCACGACCUCAGCAGUCAAGCGGUCCAUAAGCUUUAUAGUGGUCAAACGGUCCACAAGCUUAGUGGUUAAGCGGUCCACGAGCUUAGCAGUCAAGCGGUUCACGAGCUUAGCAAGCAUCCAGCAGUUUAUCCCAUAAGUGCAGGCUCACAUGAUAUGUGGUAGUUUUGUUCACAACAAUCUUCAAGUUCUUUAUUGAGCAUUUUUGUAGCGGUCUGUGGAGUUCACACACUUUCAUCAGUGUUAUGGGUGCCUGGAAUGGGGAAUCAUGGCUGGGUAGCAGGGAUUUACCAGCCAUAAGGGCAGUAUUCUGUCUAUUCUAUCUCUGGCUGGCCAGAGUGGAAGCACACAUGGGUAUCACAGGUACCCACCUUCGACUUAAGAGAGGCAUUUGGUUAAUGAGGUUUACGUCAAAAUCAGUCGUUAGAUUCCUGUUUGAAUUUGUACACAACUUACGUUAUUAGCAUUUAUAGAAAGUUCGCGGAGCGGUGUUCCCCCCAUUACGCCAUCUGUUUGUUGUCUUAUUUUAUUACACUGUAUUGCAAAGUCUAGGUAAAGGAACUACGACAUUAACAUUAUUGUUAUCAGUUUAGUUAUGGAGCUUUUUUAUUUCUGUUUGUUAUGCAACAGGGUGAUUCUUUUAUUCAGUACUUAGAAGUCUCUGAAACUGCUACAUCUUUCAUUACACCAGGUAAUCAUUUUUAUCAUCUUAUACCUACCAUCAGUGCUGUAAAAACCAAAGUCAUGUGCAGUUAUUCAUGUUUGUUCUAUUCUUUUGAUGGCUGUUAGCCUGCAAAAACAGCUAUCUAUCCUCGCUGCUAGGGAGGUUUCGUCACGAAAGAUGUGUGCACCUCAUGAUGACGUAAAAUCUGUCUAGAAUCUGCUCAGGAGCUGUAAUUGGUCAAUAUAGUAUUUAUAUGACAGACAGAGGACAAAAGGCCCCAAAGGUCAAAUGUAAAUGCAAUGAAUCUAUAAGAAAAACAGUCAAUAUUCAUGGAAUAUUAUUCUUCAGAAGGAGAAGCAUUCGAGUUUUGCGGGAGCUUGUUGGCAGAAGAACAAAACUUUACCAAUAUCUACCAGGAGAAACUUACAAUCAAACAAAUAUCCAAAGUUGCCUUGCCCUUGGAUAAGCGCAACACUAAUGCAGCUGCUUUGUUAAUCUUAUUUAGUCAACUCGCAGAUUUUAGAAGAGCAGCACAAAGGAAUGGCUACUGUUCCUAAACUUGCCUUGGAUGUCAUGUCCUGUGAGGUAGUGCGGCUUCUUCAGCUCACCAAAUCAUCUGUCGUUCCACUGAGUUACUGUGUGCCUCGCAGGGUAAGGAAUGAAUAAAUCCACUCUAAGAAGUUAAGAUGGUCACUCUUUCUUUCUGUAGACUCUCUACCACUCAGGAGGUGGGGGUACUUCCUUUAAUAGUCUAUUGAAAGGGGUACCUUUUCCAGGCUUCAGGUAUAUAUAAGGGAAGGGAUUUCACAAGUUGAAGGAUAUGAAAGGUAGGGAAAUCUGUCUCUGAAAAACCCAAAAGGGCUAACAAUGCACUUAAUGGCUGUGAAAAGUCGAAGAAAUGUUCUGAAUUUGUGAUUGAUUCAUAUUUAAAAGACAGUGCAUUUAUAUCAGUUAAAAGAGAUGCAAAGUUCUCAACUAGGUAUGUGAAAGGGGUACCAUUUUUCAAUGGAGGUAUAUGAAAGGGGUACCUUUUCUGUGAAAAAUGUUAUAUAAAAGGGUAAAGGGUUGGACCUUUGGGCGGAGCCUUGCCAUAUUAAACUUAGUUGAGUACCCCCCAGGCUACAAAAGAAAUUCCAAUAUAAAUAUAGUUAAUGCUUGUUGAAUGGAAAAAUGGUUUGUGAUGCAUGGCACUUGCAGUAAGAUUGCCUAUAGAAUGAUAAAAUCGUAACAAAAAUUCAAAGACAUUUAAAAUGUCUUUAAAGAAGUAGAUAUUUCGGGUGUUUAACCAUUCUUCAGUGUACAGAAAACCUUUGAACUAUCCAAUUGUUAUAAAAUGUUAAAUUAAAGGGCCUGUAAAUAGUGAGUUUACGCAACAGGAUAGCAGAAAGAUAGUACUUGUCUAAUGAACACAAAUAGACAUCCUCUUGAUUGACAUUCAUCUGUUAGGCAGAAUUAUGAAGUACAUUUUUCUCUUAAUUCCAGCAACUAAGAGUCUGUGCACACAUCGAUUGUUGAUUUUGUUUUGCACUUUGGAGAAGAAUGAAUACAAAGUGAGAUGUUGAGACUGCCACCCUCCCCCACCCCGGUUAAAAGAUGGCUUUGUUAACAGUUACUCAUUUAGUUUCAUUUGAUAGUCUUACAGGGACUUUCAUGGAGACUUGUUUCCCGACACAGUGGCACGAGAAGCUUCCAUGACAGCUGAGGAGUGGUUUGGCGGAUCUGAUACCCCUGUAAGUCAUGUUACCUAAAUAUAACAGUGUAAGCUAUAGCACUACAAUGUUAGGUGUGGAGAGUAGGUGGAUGUAACUUAUAGUUAGAGGGUGUGCAGAGAAGGGGGUGUCAAUAAUUUAUUAACAUUUUAAACCGUUUGCCAAAUAAGUGAAAAAGUCCUAAAUAUAUCUUUCUGACUUGCAACCGCUGAAAUUUUUGCUUUUUUUAAGGAAUCCCAUGCUUCAGACGAAGAUUCUGAUUAGCUUUAUCAUUGUUGAUGUUUUGCAUCUGGAUCAGAAGGCCACCAAUUUACAAGAUACAAAAAUUGUUCACCUUUUUAGAUAAUAAAAGUUUAUUUCGAGAGACAGAUAAGAAUGUAAACCUAUUUUUGCAUGAAACCCUGUGCGUGCAGAAAAAAUAUUUUCAAUUCACUAGCAGUUGCAACUUGAGGAUCAAAACAUUUGUUUUCUUGUGUAAGUUUUAGAUUCUUUAUGGAGUUCACUUUGAUUAAAAUCCUUGUCCAUGCAUCAUUUGAAAUUCUAAUUUGAUUACAACAGUGACCAGAAAACCACUCGAGCUAUUUCUUGCGGGUAUAUCCCUGCAUUACUUCAAAAAACAAUAUUUAAUAUUGUAGCAAUAUUUAUUUGAUAUGAAAGUGCGACAAUUUACCGGGUGAAUUUUUCGGCAUCAAAAAAUCUCCAGUUUUAGUUCAUGUUCAUUUUUUUUUAAAGCCCGGUCUCUUUGUUCAAGAAAAAAAUGGGUGUUUUUUUCCCGACCCGGUCAUUCCAUAAAUAAUGACAGCUCUGUUAAAUAGGGGUAGAAGGGAUUUCUUUUGGUUCUACUAUUUUACAGUCAAACUGGGAAAAAUACCGGGGUACUUUUUUUUGUCAAACACUUUGAAAUAUUUCAUGAAUGUUUAUUGUGUUAAGACCAAUCACAGCAGAGAUUAGGACAUGCAAGCAAGCCACAAAACCACAAACUAAUUAACGUUCUUGAUUGCAGUUUAGUUUUCUCAUGCCUGAUUAUCUUUUUUCUUGCAACGCAAUAACAUUCCAGAAAUAUUUCUCGUGUUCACGGUUUUCCCGGUUUGACUGAAACAAGAAACUGACUACUUGAUCACUUAGAUGUGUUGUUUUUUACAAAUUCAGAUGAAAAAGGUGUCUCUGGAUCCAUCUAAGCGACAUGCAAAGCAAAAACCAUCAGAGACAAAACCAAAAAAACCAGAUCUGAAGGCAAAACCUGCGAUAGAAUCAAAGAAAACAGCUGUGUCUGCUGAAAAGGUAAAUACCGGUAUUGUAUAUCAGAAGGGGGUGUCCUUGAUCACCUGCAAACAACCUUCUUCCUGGGUUAUGAAAUGACAGAAUGGAAAAAAAAUCAUAAACAAAAACCCACCCUAAUAAUGAGGCCUUCCAAGGAGUGGACGUGACAGGUGAGCUGGCCCUGAAAACUUGUGUCAAUCGUCUCAGAAAGCACAUAUAAUCAACAGACAAUGAGGAAAGAAUUCCAGAUAAAUUCCAAAAUUCAGUAUCACAAAAAUGUAUGUGGAACCCACAGCAACAUUUUCUCCUUAACUAAAAUGCAACAGUGACAUUUUUCGUGACAUACAAGGUGACAGAGAGCUCAGAAAUGGCCGAUAAAGCCACAGCUUACCUACCCCCCUGAAAGGUGUCAAUAAUAAUAAAGAGUAAACUUAACAAGGGCCUUAUACAAAGGUAAAUUUUUUGUACUGUGCAGUUUGCUAGUAACUUGCCUACAUUCAUUUAGUCAGCAGUUGAAUGCAAAGAUGAAGCUCCCACAGCACAGGCUACCCAUGCAGUCAGUGAUCCUGUGCAAGAAUCUUCAGCAAAACCAAUAAAAGCUUUCACAGGUGUACGUACAUCAAAGUUUAGACAUCUCCAGGGCACACCCAUGCACAAAAGCAACAACAUUGAGAAUGUACGUAACUUGAGCAUUUCUUUGCCUGGAGACAGUGAUGCGUUUCAAGUCAAUCAAAAGUUUGUUGCAUAUCCUUUAUCAGGACCUGGAGGACAGAUAGCAGUGGUGCCAGUGAGUGUUUGUUCAUCAUGAUCAGAGUGCAAAACCCAGGAGGGGUACUCUAUAUUUUAAGUGUCAGGGAUGAUCAGAGGAUUUUUGGCGUUUCGAAUUUUUGAUUCCGAGAUUUUUUUGGAAAGGAAAAUUUGGCAAGUAUUUUUGGGGGGGUGGCUUAAUUAAGUAGUGAAUUUUUGGGGUAUUCAAAACAAUGUGACGUUUCGUGGUAGUGCCAGUGUAUCCUGGCCAUGUAGGAAUAAAGUAAAACCAAAGUUGUUUUGCGGCUGUUUUAAUAUUUAAUGCAUUCUGUUACUAAGGACUUUUUUGGGGUAAGUUUUUGGUCUAGGUAUUUUGGGGGGGUUUGUUGGAAGCCCUAGGGAUUUUUCUGGGUUUUGAUUUUUGCCCCCAUUCAAUCAUCCCUGUCGUCACUUGAAUCUGGAGUACCCUUCUGGGGUGCAAAGAAAGUCAGUUUUACAGCUUGCCAUUUCUUUGUGGAUUUUUGUGCGUCAGGGACGCAGGACACAGAGAUAACAAAAUCACUGACACAGUUUAAAAUUUUACAUCCCCUUUUCUGAUGGUUAGUUCCCUUGCAUUCUUUUUCAAGCUUAACAAACCUUGUCGCCUGCCUGACUCAGGAUUACCAGCCAUUCAGUGUGGAAGUGGUGUUCUUGAUUUUGCCAUGGAUCCAUUUAAUAGGCAGCAACUUGCAGCAGGUGAGUAUAGGUCAGAAGAUUUGGAACACUUUGGUUGUUUACUAUUUACAUGGGCAAACCAGUUGCUUCAUGGUUUGGGCAAAUGGUACGCAAAAUUCAGGACUGGUAAAUUUCAUUCCGGAAUAUUAUUGUGUUUACCAUUUGUUCCAUCUACUUAAAAAGUGGCUGCAAAGGCCUAAGACUGGUAUCAAAGAUGGCGUCAAAGAAUUGGAACACGAAAUUCCAUAUGAAACAUUCCGACUGAGAAAACAGGACUACCUUUUCACAUGUUCCAUUUCUUCCAAAAAUUUUCCACUGGAGCCACCCAAAAAGUUAUGUUCCAUUUUACUUUCCAACUGGAUUUUCUGGUAACUUUUUGUAAAAAUUGGUAAAAAACCUUUGUCUUUCAUUUGUGGGUAAUGCAGUUCAAGUUACUUCCCUUUACAGUGUUGGGUGCUGUGACCUUAAAUUUUUUCGGGGUGGGGGAGACACCUUUUUGUGGCUGUGUUGUCAGUUAGGUAGAAAUUCUAUACAAAAACAAGUGAAACAAGGGAAGUGUCCCAGGACCUACAGGAUUGUAGCUUAUCUUUCAGUACUUUUACAACCAUAAAUAUGAUAAUGUAAUUUUGUAAUAAUGGAAUUUAUAUAGCGCUUAUACAUCACUGUUAAAAACCAUACUGUUGAUGGCAAUAAAAAUAUCACUGUUACACUGAAUUCACAGUUCUCUUAAACUUGACUGUCAUUAUAAUCAUGCUUCCUAAAGCCUGGUUUUUGUAUGAUUGCUAUGAUCGCUGCAAUCAUUGAAGAAAAAAAAAGUUCAGCUAUCAUAUUGAUCAUAUGGAAACCACUCUCCAGCGAUUGCUGUGAUUUUUGAGAUAGAAAUGUUUCUCAUUUCAGCGAUCAUUGUCAUUGUGAUUGCUACGAUUGCUGGAGAGUGGUUUCAAAAUUAUGAUCGCUGAACUUUUUUUUCAGCAAUCGUAGCGAUCAUAAUAAUGGAAACCUGGCUUUAAACAGGCUCAUGUUCGUGAUUAUUGUCCUGAUUGUCUGGUACCCCAUUCAAGAAGAAAAAGGACAAUAUUCAUUAACGAGGGUCCAUGUUGUCUUUAAAACAUCACAUCAGGAAAUUUUACAUUUGAUUAUAGUUGUGUAGAGAAGUUGGCAAAGAAAUGUAUUCAUAAGGAUACAUACAAAAGAAAAUUGUACUUUUUUGAUCUCACUUUUUUUUCCAGCUUGUGAAAGUGGUUUUGUUAGUAUUUGGGAGAUUCCUGAUGGAGGCCUGACUGAGACUAUAACCUCCCCUUUAGUGGUGUUGAAAGGUUAGUCAAAAAGUCUUACUUCUGCAAGUUACUGCAUUUUGUUUCUUCAGUUCAUCAGCAGAUGACAACAACCUUUGAGAUGAUAACAACCUCUGAGAUCUGCAUAAUUUCUCAGAUCAAAUGAAAGGUGAAUCAAAUAAAAAUAUUAUUAUUGUUUUAUUAUUCAUUUCAAAUAAUUCUCAGUGUAAAAAGUAGCUAAAACAUGCCUACCUCGACUGAUGUCAAGUUUCUGUCUUCAUUAACCUGUUCCUUGCCAAAUUCAGGAUAAAAAGAGAUCUUAAGUCUAGCAAAUAUCCUUCUAAUAACAUGAGUGGUUAUGCAUCUCAAUUUGACAAUUCUUUCCUUUCCAGGGCAUAAUGACAAACCAAACCUGGUCAAGUACCAUCCAGUGGCUAGUGGAGUACUGGCAUCUUCAUCUUUGGAUUUGACAGUCAAAAUAUGGGAUAUCAACCAAGGAAAAGCUCUGAUCACUCUCACAGGCCACAGUGAGCAGGUUAGAAAGUCAAAAGUCAAGUCUUGUGUGCUCCAAGAAAACAGCCGACAUUUCGCGAUGCCACUACUGGUUUCCAUGCAAAAUGACAUCUGAGAAACAAGCACAGUGCUUCUAACUGGUCGUGUCUCAUGGGAAAUUUGCUUCAAUCAAUCAGAAGUACUACCCAGAUCUGGGUAGCGAUGGGACAUCAGUAUAGAAUUUUUGCACUUGUUUCUCAGAUGUCGUUUCUCUGGGAAAUCAGUGGUGAUUUUUCUUUGAAACCUUCAGAGCAGAGGUACGGGUUUGUUCUUGCUAUUGCUUAUUUCAUUUUUCUCUUGAAAUAAAUAUAAUUAUUCUGUUUUUUUUUUUCUGAUUUACUAUUACUGAAUCAAUUUACAAUCAUAAACUUGAACAAAGUUAUCCUUGAAUGAUGAAGGAUGACCAGAAGUGAGGUCUUUCCCCUUGACACUACAGUCUACUCUUUCUUAACGGACACCUCUAUAAGAUGGACACCUCUGUGAAACGGACACUCAGAGUUGGUCCCUGCCUUUCUUUAGUUUCUUUAUUUGACUCCACAUAAGACAGACACAUACUUCAGGUCCCUAAGGUGUCUGUCUCAGAAAGAGUUGACUUUAUACCACAAUCACCAUAUUUGAUUGAAAGUGUGUCUACUCUUGCAGAGACAAAUUGCCCGAAAAUUGGGCAAAACCAUUGCCCAAGAAUGCAACCAACGCACCUCUGGUUCCUGUUCAUCACUCAAAAAUGCCCUUUGCUGUUGUUCUUAGGUUGAAAUAUGGAGAAAGGAAAUAAGUGCCCCGGCCCCUGCAAAUCACUACCCUCUUUCGACAUUGAAAAGCGCCCUGGGUGUAUAGUUUAAGCAUUUACAUCAUUGUUAGUUAUUAAUAAAUAAGUAAACUUAAAGCUUUGAGAAUUCAUUUGUUUUGCUUGGCUUUAGGUGUUAAGCAUGGCCUGGAAAUCUGAUGGAACUCGACUGGCUACCAUCUCCAAAGACAGCAAAGUUAGAGUAUAUGAUCCAAGAUCACAAGUUUCUCCUAUACAGGUAUCAAAUAACAAUGUGAUGUAUUUUUUUCGUCUUUUCUUUCAAAGCAUUGGGCUGAAAGACUUGCUUUUUGUGUCAAGCAAUUCUUUAUUUGAAUUGCAAUUUACCCCCUCGAUGUCCUUAUCUGCCCCCUGUAGAAUUCUCACAGAUCCCUUCCAGUGAUCUGGUUUUUUUCCCAUGUAUUUCUUCCAAACCUGCUGCAAAUUUCACUCUUCCUGUCCUUUUAUGGAAAGGAAACAUUCUGUGAAACUUUGUCAAAGUAACACACAGGAAAAAGAUAAAUAACUCAGUUUAGAUGACUUGAUAAAUGCUCAGCUUGUUGCAGCAACCAUUAAGUGCAGACCACCCUUGAGGUACGGGCAAGUGUCCGCUUAGUGGAGGUUGCCCAUUUAAUAGAGGUGCAUCAUAAAUCAGCAUAAUCUUUAGCAGUAACAUUACUUUUUUUUUAAACAAAUGCACAACAGAAGAAGCAUUACUGUUCCACCACAACUGGUCGUCACCUUCUUUCUCAGACGGUAUUUUCCUUCAUCAUAUUCUUAAAAUGAAGCCAAACUAUUUGUAUCGAACGUUUGAUGUAUGUGACAACAAUGGGAGAACUCUGGUUGGGACGGCCAAAAGGUGGCCUUCGCUGCUUAAUAGAAGUUUAAUUUUCCCUUCUUUUCCACAAUUAUUAUUUUGGAACCUUGAUUACUGGCUGCUUAAUAGAGGGUGGCUGGCCACUUGAUAGGGGGCCCCUAAUGGAGGUUUGACUGUAUGAAGUAAACUAAAGGCUAAUUUAUCUCGACCAUGAACCUUCAUUCAUCAAUCUUUUACAAAGUUUCACCUGCUUUGAAUUGUCUCAGACAGGCCCUGGUCCUGCUGGCAGCCGUGGAGCGCGUGUUGUUUGGGGGGGUCCUGAAGGGAACUGGUUGAUUGUCUCCGGGUUUGGCAGGUAACUUGUAGUGCUUAUGCUCUUUUUUGUUUGGACCAUAUAUCCACAUAAGACUGUCUAGGUUUGUACACUGAUAUUAUAGGCCUCUGUGUUUACGUCUGUAAUAAAAUAAUAUUACAAAUAUAUGCAUUUACAAACAUCCUUGUUUGGAAAUCAUCAAUGCCCAAUUUUGUGACCAUCAAUAAACCCCAAGAGGAAAUUGGGGUCAACUUGUAAGGUUCACCUUUUUGCCAACAUCCAAUUGCUAUGAUCCAAUAAAUUGUUAUAAACCUGUGUUUGUUUGGCCAGAAAAAAAUUCCUUCUUUUUAUUAUUUUAGUAGUUUUUUUUUUUUUGUUUUUGCCAUCAUUUGCCUGGUGUGGCAGGAAGGAUUUUCACUUUCAGAGCGAGGCAUUUUGCAUAUCAGCUACCUGGAAGGCAAUUGCAACAAGAUUAACUCUAGUUUAACCUUACAUUAACUUCAGUGACCUUUAGUGAGCUUUAAGCAAGAAUAAUGAGAAGAAAGAAAAAUUUCCCUCUAACUUGCGCUGGACAAGACAUGACAUAUUAUGUGACAGGAAUAGUAUUUUUACCUGGUAAUUAACAGACCACAUUUCAGGAAAAAACUUGUUUUUUUUUGUUUACUAGGAUGAGUAACCGUAUCAUCAGUGUAUACGAUAGUUGUAACUUAUCUGAAGCCUUGUCAACUUUGGAGUCCACUGUUUCUCCCUCUACAUUAAUUCCAUUUUACGAUGAAGAUUCUGCUGUCUUGUUUUUCUUUUCAAAGGUAUGAAAAAUAAUACUUUAAAUACAAGGAAAUAUUCAGAGAUUGCUAGCAUACACCAUGCGUUUUAAUACCGAGGAAUUUGUAUAAAAAGCUGUGACAUGACAAAAAAUUAAUACUUUAAACCCAGACGAGGGGACAACUGUAUAUGUUGGCACAUCUUCACUGUUUUUUAUGUUAUCAUUUUUUGUUAAGUUUUCCCACAAUGUUGUAAUAUAUUUGGCUGAAAGAUUCAAAGCCUAGGAUAGAUACAAGGACUAGCUAGGUGCUUUUAUCAUGACUUUGUGCUUAAAAGUGGAACCCUCUAAAUGAUAGGAGCUAAUAAAAAAAUAUAAAUAGAAAAUAGCAAUGAAGUACCAAAAUUUCUUUUCUUGGCAUUUCAACCUAACUGAAAUUUUAUAUUUCAAUUCUAAAACAGCCAAAUUAACCUUAAGUGAUCAACCCACUAAUUUUACACUAUAGAAGGUUGAGGUGCAAUAAGCAUUUUUUGUCAUUUUAAAACUGGAACCCCUGGGUUUUUUUUUUAUCAACAGUUUUCUAAAAAUGUACUUCUUCAUAAUUAUUUUCAGAGAUUAAUGAUUCUGAUUGUGAUUUUUUUAGGGUGAAACAACUAUUUUUGCUUAUGAAAUAAGUGAGGAAGCGCCUCAUAUCUUUGAACUGUCGCACUACAGGACAAAGGAACCUUACCAGGUAACAUAACAUAACAGUGACGUAAUGGUGUAUCUUAUUAGUCAUAAAUAUACUAACAUAUGACAUACGUCUUUAUAACUUGGAUCUCUAAGACUCUGUUUUUAAACUAAAGGAAAAGGAACCGCCAUGAGAUAGUUGAUACUAACCAUACUCUUCUCCCCCCACCCCACCAUGGACAGGAUGCUAGUCCCAUAGUGGGGUUAACCGUGGUAAUGAUAUUAUUGGUUGCUCUGGUAUCUAUUGUUACAUGUGUGUGCUGGAAGAUAGUAAAGUUUUUUUUUUCGUCCAUGGAAACAAUGUAAUGGCAUACCUAAGGCUUCAAAGCUGGACCUUUUGGUCAGCAGCUCUAUGACAUACCAGAAUUAGCUAACUAUAUCUUGUUAGUCAUUAUUUUAAGUAGUGACAUACAAGCAAAUAGUGUCAGUAGGGUGAAAUGUAUGGUUAAUUCUGUCAAUGCUCAAUUCUUUGCAGGCGGUGGGCUUUCUACCAAAGAUUGUAUGCAAUGUCAAAGAGGUAGAAUUUGCCAGGGCUGUCAAACUGAACAAAACAUUCAUAGAACUCCUCUCAUUCCAGGUUCCUCGAGUGAAGGUUUGUUUCAAUUUAAUAAAUUUAUUCUUUUGACAUACUGAUACUGAUAUGUAUUAUCUGCCUUUUAUGUAAACAGAUGGAGUACUUCCAGGAUGACCUUUUCCCAGAUACAAGAGUAUGGUGGGAGCCUGCAUUGGCUAGUGAUCAGUGGUUUGCUGGUAAAAAUGGUGCACAGAAAAGGUUGUCACUUAGACCAGCUGACAUGAAGCCAUGUAAGCUUUACGUUAUUUCAAAACCUUGCCUGGACAAAAUGAAUAUUAUCAAACUAAGAGUUAAUGGCUUAACAGGGUUCCCAUUAAUGCACACGUGUGAUUUUACGCACAAAAAUCUAAAAGGCCACAUGCUUCUCAUGAGCCCAAGAGUCUCAGGGAUGCACAAGGAUUGGUACUACUCAUGCAUCUUUGCAACCAUUUUGGAAAUCCCCAUGUGUUUUAUCGACCCGCCAUAUUGUCUACUCAGGGAAUAAUGUCCACACAGAAAACACUAUGUAACGUUUUCCGGCCCUCAAGGAUGAAGCCAACACUUACAUUGUCUAUUGAGCAGGAAAAAAAACUGAUGUAGACCCUUCUGAGAUUUUUGGACCCAAAGAGAGUGUCUUCAAGUCCAAAUGGCUUUAUGAAUUUUCAUGGUUAAUUUAUAUUUCUACCAACAACCACAUGAAAUGCAAAACAUGUCUUGAUGCAUACGGAUGUUCAGCAAAACCAUCCCAAUCAUAUGUACAGGGUGCAACUAAUUUUCAGCAAUCAGCCUUAGUUCACCAUCAAUUGGGAAAUGAAUCCCUUUCACAACCUCUUUAGAGAAUCUCAUCUAAAGUGGUGGUGUGGAUAUAAAACGAAAUGGCUUGAAUUUUUGGUGUUGUUGUGUUAACAGUAAGUGAAGCACCUAAAGCAGCACCCAUUGCAAGAAAGUAUGACAGCAGACAUGAGCUUGUAGAAGUCAAAACCACUGAACAACAGAAAGAGGAGGUAACGCGUGCCUGCAUGCAACUUAUCAUCUAAAACCAAGUCUUGUUUGCACUGGAAAAUACUAUUAAUGAUAAAAUAAAUAUUUUAUCAUUAAGGUUGAGAUGUUCUGGGGCUAGGGGGUGGCGCUCUGUUGUAACCUGGUUUUUUUCUAGGGCAGGGUGAUAACCCUAUGCCAAGGUAGCCUGAGAAAGUAGCUGACUUUUUUACAAUGCCACAACUGGUUUCCUUGUGAAAAAAUGUCUGACGAAAGACUGCAGAAAUUCCAUACUGAUGACAUGUCACUACUUAGGAAGUGAAAUAUAAUAAAUACUGCACCAACCCUAGCCUGCGAACACAGAUUUAUUUCCGAUGGUCUCUUCUCUCCACCUGAAAAGUAAGAGAAGUGCCAACUUUAGAUACGUCUUCAUUCACAGGCUACACCAACCCUUGCAAGCCAAGUUUCUUAUUAACAACCAGCAAUUCAUUAUUGUGUUUUUUAUUUGGUCUUCAGUGUAUUGUCUGAUUACUUUGCAGCUCUUGAAUUCCAUGGUUGAGAAAUUAAGAAAUUUCGAUGAUGACCCUCUUCCACAGGAUCUUCAAGAAGGAGUAGACGAUGAUGAAUGGGUAUGCAAAAAGUCCUGUUAACUUUUAAGACCAGGGGUGUAGAUGGAUGUGAAAUUUUGGUCUCAACAAAAACAGGAUUUCUCCUCGGGACAUAGUUGAACUGUACGAUUUUUUGUUUUUUUGGUGGUAUUAUUACUGACAUUCGAUUGGUGGCAUAUUUGUUCUCAUUUAUUUCUGGAUAAACCAUGAAGUAUGCUUCAUUCAGAAACCUAUUCUAUAUUUUGGCAGGAGAAAAAAUUUGUAAAAACUGUAAAACUUAGAGAUUUUGGGAGUAGCUUGCAUUGGAGGCAGUUAGACACUACAGGAAACUUCUCCGGUUAAAACCCUUUGGGUCCUAAGAGUGACCAACAUCGAUUUUCUCCUAACAGCAUCAGCAGAUCAUCAAGUGUAAAGGUUAUGAGAAUUACUAAAUUGAUUACCAAAGGGAGAACACUUUGAUCUUAAACUAAAUUCUCUCAACUAUUCUUAAAAGCAAUGUAUGAAGAUCAGUCUGGAGAAUUUGUAUGUGGAUCUUGGGGCUUAAAGGGUUCAGAUACAGCAGGGUCUUAAGUAUAUGUGAUACAGUCAAACUUCCCAUAAGCGACCACCCAAAAUGCGAAGAUCUAGCGGUCACUUAGAGGAGGUGGUCUUUCACAAGAAUCAGCCACAGGGGUCUCAUGCAAGAGAAGGUCCAGGACAUCAACUUUCUUGCAGAGUAUUAAUUGCAUGCAAUAAAGUUACUUACACAUGUAGUUCCACGUUUGUACACUCUAAGUGGUGUAGUACACACAGCAAACAAAGAGACCAUACCAUGCGUCAAGUGAUUGCUUAUUAGAGGUUUAGAAUAAUUAAAAAGUAUAGAACUAUCAAUCCAAAAGUGGUUGUGGUUGCUUAUGAGAUUUGGUCAUUUACGAGCUUUUAUGAAAGGGCUUUGAGUAGGAAAAUUUUGGCGUUUCAGAUAGAAGGGUGGUGAUGGGAGGUAAAGGUAAAGCAACCAUAUUUUAUGUUGAUAACUUGUGUGACAGUGAUAACUGAUAAGUUUGUUGAGGUUGAUGGUGUGCUCAUUUUAUCCCCUUCUCUCCAUCAAUGCUCCAUUUUAAGGGAAUUUAAAGCUAGGCAAAACUACACUGUAAGGAGAGAAGUUGAAACAAGGAUGGGAUGUCACUGGGAAUCAACCUCGGGAACUACCGCACUGAAGGCCUUGCACUAACCAACUAUGCCACCCUUGCUGCUGGGAGGUGGUUGUUUAUGGGAGGUGGUCGGUGGCACACUGAGGUUUGAUUGUAUCUUAUUUUUCUGUAAUUUUUGUUUCAGGAUGACUGAAGGAAAACAGCAUUGGAUAUUUUCAAACCCUCAACAAUGUCUCAUGUCAUUUAUGCAUAAAUUGUAAAUUUAAUUCAAUCCUAGCCUUUUCCAGGCUUUCUGAUAGUCGAGACAUCAUAAAACCAAGGUCAAGCAAAAAUACUAUAGGGCCAAUCCCUUUCACAGUCAUUAUACAUGCUACCAUGGAGUCUGGAACAGGUUAAUACUUGCAGCGUUAGUUUGACAAUAUUUUUAUAUACUUUAAAUAUGAUUGUAUAUAAAUAAGAAGCAAUUUCAAACUGCAUUCAGUUUCCUAUCUGGGUCUUAAAUUGUAUUAAUUUAUAGAAUGUUUCUCAAAUGAAGAUAUUAAGUGUACAUUUUACAAUGAAUUAUUAAUAUC